ACUCCGAAACCACCUCAACCCCCGCACAACUCACGUCAAGAUGGUGUUGGAAGCUUCCAUGAUAGUCGUUGACAACAGCGAAGCUAGUCGAAAUGGCGAUUAUGUACCCUCGCGAUGGGAAGCACAACAGGAUGCCGUGAACAUGAUCUUCUCUGCAAAGACUGGUGCAAACCCAGAGUCAUCUGUCGGUCUGAUGAGCAUGGGCGGCAACACCCCAGAGAUCCUCACGACCCUGACAACGGACAUUGGCAAGGUGUUGGAUGGUCUGCACAGGACGAAGAUAAAGGGUAGCUCACACUUUGUGACAGGCAUCAAUGUAGCGGCUCUGGCCCUCAAGCACAGACAGAACAAGUCGCAGAAGCAGCGGAUAGUCAUAUUCAACUGCAGCCCCAUUGAGGAAGACGAGAAGAACCUGGUGAAGCUCGCGAAGAAGAUGAAGAAGAGCGGUAUUAGCAUUGACAUCAUCGCAUUUGGUGAGCUCAGCGACGACACCACACGGAAACUCCAGGCCUUCAGCGACAACGUACAGAGCGCCGAAGGGUCCUAUCUGGCUACCAUCCCACCUAGCGCAAACCUCCUCAGCGACUCUCUGAUUACAACACCCAUAGUUGGAGGCGAGGGUGCCUCCAGUGGUGGCGGCGAUAGCGGUUCUGGAGGAGGUGGCGGUGGCCCAUCUGGUGGCAAUGACUUCGAGUUUGGCGUGGAUCCUUCUGUUGAUCCCGAACUUGCGCUGGCACUGCGAAUGUCGUUCGAGGAAGAAAAGGCGCGACAGGAAAAGGACAAAAAGGCGAAGGAGGCUGCCGAAGGCAAGUCGGAGCUUGAGCCAGUCGCCGAGGGCGAUGAGAAGCAACCGCUGCUGGAUGAUCAGGGCCAGUCCAGCGGACGUGGCAGCAAAGACAAGAAGAAGGACGAUGAUCCAGACAAGAUGGACACGGCAUGAUCUAGCAUAGAUGUGGCAGCGUGUGGUGCGGCAGAGCAUCCACGGCGUCUACUGUACGAAUAGAGCUGAAACGCCACAUAAGGCAUGGAUGAAUGAACAAGCAUUAA